AUGGAUUCAGAUGAUAAUGACCAGGUUUCUGAUGAAAACCUACAAAGUUCACUGGAAGAUGAGGUCACAGGGCUUCGAGCAAAAAGAUUAAUUGCUACUUUGAUAUGCUUGUUUGUAUUGUUCUUGGUUACUCUCAUAACUUUGGCGCUAAACAUUUGGAUUAUCACUACCCUUCGAAUGACUUCAAAUGGUAUUCCAUUUCUCCGAUUCUAUCAUAGUUUUAAUGAAAAAACUAAGGAAAUGGAGAAGACAAUUGAAAUGAGUGGAAACCGGAUAGAAUUUGAAAAAGUUGUAUCUAAUAAAAUAGUUGGUUUUCCUGAGAAAGACAUUACUAUUACUGCACCGAGAAUGUUGAUGACGUCCCGACAAAACGAUAGCCUGCUAGUCAUGAGUGAAAAACUGUGCAAAUUGGAGAGAGUAAACAGUUUUCAAGUUAUCUCUCCGAAAGAUGGACGUACUCUAUUCUCGGCUCGUCAUCCAACUGUAACUAUUGACAAACGUAUCAAAAAAUUGGCCGCAGAGAGAAUUAUCACAAAUAAAAUAAGAUCAGCAGUUGAUGAGACACUAAAAAUAAAUGGAGAAAAUGUGGUUUUACGUGGCAACGAACAAGUCCGAAUUGAUGCGAGAAAUGUAAACUUCGAGGGAAUGAAAAGGAUGGUUUUUAACAUCUCGCGGGACGGGAUUCUUCACAUGCGUGGACGUAUCCGUCUUGGUGACGGCGCAUCAUCUCUCCCAAUGUCUACUUCUCCUUCAUUGUCUGCUAGUCUGGAUGGAAUGAGACUCUGUGCUUGUGCUCAAUUCAACCAUAAAUUAUUCAUUGUUCCCGCCAAUAAGCAUUGCUUCACCAGUAACACUUUCUGUUCAUAA